AUGGAUUCCAGGGACCCUCUCCAUCCCCGCCACACCCGGGCAGCUCCCUCCCGCCAGGCCCUGCCGGACCCGCGCCCUUCUUGUCACCCGCGGUUGCCUCGGGCGGGGAUCCGUGCCCCGAGCGCAAAGCUGACGCGUCCCCCUUUCUCAUCCCCACCCCCACCUCCCACCACCCAGUCCCUGGCGGCGAUGAGACAGAGCGGCGCCUCCCAGCCCCUGCUGAUCAACAUGUACCUGCCAGAUCCCGUCGGAGACGGUCUCUUCAAGGAAGGAAAGAGCCCCGGUUGGGGGCCGCUGAGCCCGGCUGUACAGAAAGGCAGCGGGCAGAUCCAGCUGUGGCAGUUUCUGCUGGAGCUCCUGGCGGACCGCGCCAACGCCGGCUGCAUCGCGUGGGAGGGCGGCCACGGCGAGUUCAAGCUCACGGACCCAGACGAGGUGGCGCGGCGCUGGGGCGAGCGCAAGAGCAAGCCCAACAUGAACUAUGACAAGCUGAGCCGCGCGCUGCGCUACUACUACGACAAGAACAUCAUGAGCAAGGUGCACGGCAAGCGCUACGCCUACCGCUUCGACUUCCAGGGUCUGGCCCAGGCCUGCCAGCCGCCUCCCGCGCACGCCCACGCCGCCGCCGCAGCCGCCGCCGCCGCCGCCGCCGCCCAGGACGGCGCGCUCUACAAGCUGCCUGCGGGCCUCGCCCCGCUGCCCUUCCCGGGCCUCUCCAAACUCAACCUUAUGGCCGCCUCGGCCGGUGUCGCGCCCGCGGGCUUCUCCUACUGGCCGGGCCCGGGCCCCGCCGCCACCGCCGCCGCCGCCACCGCAGCCCUCUACCCCAGCCCCGGCUUGCAGCCCCCGCCCGGGCCCUUCGGCGCGGUGGCCGCCGCCUCGCACUUGGGGGGCCACUACCACUAG